AUGCCUGCCUUUCAAUCUAAAACAUUCCGGCGGGCAGCUACAGAAUCAUCAUCACUCGGUGAACGGAUCGGUGCAUUGUACCGGGCGCGACUGGCACGGCACCCUUUUAUUCUCUUCGGACUUCCGUUUAUUACAGUGAUUGUAGCAGGGUCUUUUGCAUUGACACCUGCUGCUGCCCUCCGCUAUGAGCGCUAUGACCGCAAGGUCAAGCAGUUGAGCCAAGAGGAAGCAUUUGACCUUGGACUGAAAGGGCCUGACGGAGAGGCCGGAAUCAAACGCAAUCCGAGACGAAGGAUUGUAGGCGAUGAAAAGGAAGAAUAUUACAGACUCAUGGCCAAAGACCUCGAUCAGUGGGAGCAGAAGCGGGUAGAGCGAUUCAAGGGCGAACCUGACGGGAGGCUAUGA